AUGGAUUCGUUUAAUAUGCUUCUGAAGCAGGUGGAAGCGUGGGAGAGUUACAUGCCGCUGAAAGUAAAGGAGAAAGCCCAAAAAGCUGUGACGCAGAUCCUUGCAGAUGGUACCCUAGCCGCUGAGGAAGAUAUGCUCCGCCUAUAUCGGAUAAUGGCGAAGCACAGCAGAAGGAUGGGAGCGUCGAAGGUCUUCGAAAAAGUCGAAGAACAAGGCCGUUUUAGCCGUUCGCUCAAAUUUCACCUUUUGUGGGCAGAAACUUAUGCACAAAGCGGUAACCUGGACCAGUUCACGCAUGUGCUGAGCCUGGCUAAGAGCCGGCUUCCUGGUCUCUCUCAACUUGAGCUGGAAGCGGGAUUCAGGGACUUCGCCGACCAGUAUUUCCCUAACAGUAACCUCUUUAACGACGACGAAGAAACAAUGGCUGUGUUCAAUGUUCAGAAAGUGGCCGAUCCUAAAGCGAAAAGAAAUCGACGUCGAUCAUCCCUUGCGGCUUUCGAAGCUCGCGCUAAGGAUAACCUUAAAACAGUCGACGGUCUUGCAGUUGCAAACUUUGGACCAAAGACUCGUACGAAGCUGAGAAUUGAGCUUGUGGACCGCCACUAUGAUGGCUAUCUCGCACCAUCUAUAGAAGAAUUGAGGGCGGCGAUGAUUGCUGAUCAACAACUGGAAAAGGACGAUGAUCUUCUUGUGGUGCCAAUGGAUAUUACAAUGAGUUACGCCCAAGAGGCGCCUGCUUCCUCACAUCAACUCGUGCAUGCGUCUGACGUGAAGGAGCUUGGUAAACGUAAUCGAGUUCUCGAGACCGUUGAGGAGGUUGAGUCAGACUUUUCAAACGAGGAUAAGCGGCGCCGAAUGUUUUCACCCGCUGCGCCGGUUCGCGGCAGUGUUUUAGAGAAACAGCAAAAGUCGUCGUCGCAGCAUCUCAAGUCAUCUACUCGAACCCCUGCCUCAUCUACUUUUGUUAUCGGCUCUUCAUUCACUGAGAAAGCCUACAAUGACAUGAAGGCAAUGCUUUCCGAUACUGUAGACAUCAACAAAGCUGAGGGCUUACCCGGUAUAACUGAUGAGACCACUCUGCCUGUUACUGCUCCAGCUAUUGAAGCUUUCGAGGUUUUCAUUGACAAAGAUGAGUCUCAGCAUCCGUACGCUCGGACUCAAGAUGAAAACUUGCCGUCUAAUCCUGCCACUUGUGCUCGUGCUGAAACAGAACGAGCACCUCUUCAGCACAUCCCGAUACAAGAUGCUGAUGGAGAUUUCGGGAAAGCAACUGAAAGCAAGAAAAAAAAUGUUCAUGAGGAAAUGCGUUACUGCGAAGAACUGCUCAAACCCCGUAGACCUCUACUGAUUGAAGACGAGGAGACCAUGGCUGGAGCGAAGUUUUCUUCUUUGGGAAUCGAUAAGAAGCCUGAUCGUGGAAUUGUAACGUCGACGCCGGCUCAUCAAAUGUUUCAUCCUCCUACUCAUGAAGAUUUCUUUGCUCCUCUUAACGAGCAAUUGAAAGAGCAGGCGAAGAAGGAGGAGGAUGAAGAGGAGAUCUACGCUAGAUCGGCCUUCAUGCGACGUCGGUCUACGGCACCUUCGAAAUCUGUGAAACCGGAAGCGAAGCCGGUUCAACUGCCAAGAACGGUCCAGGCUGCCGAGCGGUCAAUGGAGUUAGCGCUGGAUAAAAUGAACCUGGGUGAAUCUCCAGGAAACGAUUUGGGAAGUGGGGACGGUCUCUGUGAUGCGCACAACAGAACUGGUGUCGGACUUGUUAUGGAAGCUGUUACAAGUGAAAUCAAUCCGUGGGACAGAAACCUUCGUAUGGAAAUACUUAGGCGAAACGAUUUGGGAAGUGGGGACGGUCUCUGUGAUGCGCACAACAGAACUGGUGUCGGACUUGUUAUGGAAGCUGUCACAAGUGAAAUCAAUCCGUGGGAUAGAAACCUUCGUAUGGAAAUACUUAGGCGCUCUCGCACUCCAUGCUAUCAGCACAAUUUCGAUACACCCUGUUUACGUAUUUCUGCUGGAAAAACCAUGAAUUUUGGUGGAGAGGCAUUUUAUAUUGAGACGUUGAUCGGUCAGGGAGGAUUUGCAAAGUACGAAGUUCCUUCCUGCCCUUGGGAAAUUUAUAUAUGUUCUGAAGUGAAAUUACGUCUUGGUCAUAACAAACAGUUCACCUUGGAUAGCGUAAUGCAGGUCACUGAUGCCUAUGUUUUCACUAAUGCAUCGGUUCUUUUCAAUGAAUACCAUCCGUUGGGCACCCUUCUAGAUCUUUCGAACAAGUUGAAAGACCCGAGCUGGUAUAUAAUACUAUUGAUCGCUAUACAAAUGGCUAAAAUACUUCGUGACGUCCAUGGCACUAGAAUUAUUCAUGGAGAUGUGAAGCCUGACAAUUUUAUGAUCCUCAACAAAUUGGAUGAUAGCUGCGUCGAUAAGAGCCGUAUUUUGUCCACUCCAAUUCUGAAGCUCAUUGAUUGGGGACGUGCGAUCGACAUGGAAGCACUGCGAGGUCAAACCUUCAGUGGAAGGGCGGGCACUGACAAAUUCGACUGCUCUGAAAUGCUGGAUGGUCGCCCGUGGACAUACCAAACUGACUACUUUGGCUUCGUUGGAACUUUGUACGUGCUAAUAUUCAAUAAGUAUGCUGAAGUUAGGAAAGAAGGUGAAGUGUUCAAGGUGCAGUGCACGAUGAAAAGGCGGCUUCCAGUUCGUCCACUCCUCGAACGUGUCUUCCACGAAUUCCUCAACAUCCCUAGUUGCGAUAAUCUGCCCAGUUGGGAUAACGCCAUUAAGGCAAGCCAUCAAGGUGAGCGGUUCGGGUUUGCUCUAAAGUAUGCCGGUGAAAGACCGAUUAUCCAGUCUAAAGCGCCCGUUGGCAAUGAGGAAAUACAGGUGAUGAGCUCGCUGAUCAGUGAAAUGGAGCAGCAGACAACAGACGAGUUCCUUCGUCGAGUGUCAAGUUUACGAGAAGUGGUCGGGGAAAUGAACGGCGGUUUAGAGCUCAUCCGUCAGAUGCACAAUCUCCUGAAAUACUCGACUGACAGUCCUGACAGAGCUCGACUUCGCUUACUUUACGAUGAGCUGUCACGUGUGUUUAAGCAAUUUUCUGACGACCUCGAUGCAGUCGUGAAAACUGUCAACGGCCUACAUGAUGAGAUCACUGCAUCCGCAGAGCCAAAGUCGGCCCACUACCGAAUGAGGAAAGAUCAGUUGGACAGUCUACGCACAUCGCUUCACUCAUUGAUCCUGCAAUUCAGAGAAGAGGAAGUCCCUUUUGAACAGGAAACCAAGCCAGAUGUAGAGAAACAACUGAGUAAGUACAUCAUGUGGAAGAUCCGUGAACAACUUAAUGAAGCUAUUUCAAUAAUGGCUUGA